ACCAAGAUUUUAGUAAUGCUGUACGGUCUUGCUUUUGCAAAAGACAAGGUCCAAGAGGAGAUUGACAGAGUGAUUGGUGUACGUCAGCCAGUGGUGGAGGACAGGAAGAACUUGCCUUACACAGAUGCUGUGAUCCAUGAAACUCAGAGACUGGCCAGCAUAGCCCCCAUAAGUGUGCCCCGUAAGACCACCUGUGAUGUUCAUCUGAAUGGAUACCUCAUCAAGAAGGAUACCAGCAUCAUCCCGCUAUUGAUAACUGUAUUGAGAGAUGAAAAUGAGUGGGAAACACCCAAUACCUUCAACCCAGGACACUUCCUAAAUAAGCAGGGCCAGUUUGUAAAAAAGGAUGCUUUCAUGCCCUUCUCUGCAGGACGCAGGGUGUGUCUUGGAGAGGGUUUGGCCAGGAUGGAGCUCUUCCUGUUCUUCGCCUCCCUUCUUCAGGUUUUCCGCUUCACUCCUCCACCUGGAGUGUCUGAAGAUGAGCUCGACCUCACACCAUCUGUGGGGUUCACGCUCAAUCCGUCCCCACACAAAUUGUGUGCAGUGAAACGCUCCUAAUCCCAAAUAUGCUUUAGAAUUGUUCUACUCGAUUCGAUAUCUUUUUUCCUCACUUAUAUAUUACAUUCAACUUUUUAAGUGAUGGUUCCUUUAACUGCAAGGAAAUUAUUUUAAAACCAAUUGUCAUAAAUAACCAGAAAAAUCAAUAAAGAAUCUUGUUCACACACAUCUUGU